AGCUCUUUGUCGUGUCUGUAAGAUAACAAUUUUGUACGCGUCCACACAAUAAAUUCGAUCGGUAUUUUCAUCGAAGCAUUAUUGGAUCAGUCUUAAGUUAGUAGCUUUUUCGGAAAUUAGUAAAAAUGUUACGUGGUUUACAGAACUUUAACAAUUUCAAUAAAAUUCUUAGUACAAGAAGUUUAGCCAGUAGUAGUGUUUUCGGUGAUUUUCAAUUUAAGAGCAAAGAAAAAUCGUCACUAAAAUCUAGCUACGAUGUAGUUAUUGUUGGUGCAGGGCACAACGGCCUAAUAGCAGCUGGAUACUUACAAAAGUCUGGCCUAUCCGUUGCGGUCGUUGAAAGCCGGCAUGUUGUUGGUGGAGCUGCAGUAACAGAAGAGAUUAUUCCUGGCUUUAAGUUUUCAAGGGCGUCAUAUGUUUUAAGUCUGUUGCGUCCGUACAUUAUAAACGACCUCAAACUUAAGGAAUACGGUCUGAAAUACUAUUUCCGUGAACCAUAUAAUUCUUACACACCCAUUCGAGACGACUUUUGGUCCCUGCCUGAAUAUCCGGCAAAAUCACUCUUACUAUCCAACAAACUUGAACUUUCCCAAGCCGAAAUAGCGAAAUUUUCAGUAAAAGAUGCGCAGGCUUAUAAGUCAUACGAAGCAGAAAUGGGAAGAUAUUGCAAAGCCGUUACACAUCUCAUCGACAGUCGACCGCCACAUAUGAAAAAGAACAAUAAUUUUGGACUACGUGAACGUUUCAAUCAAUUUUUACCAACAUUACGGGCGCUAAAAGAACUCGGUCCAUCUCGCAUACCUGACUUUCAUGAUCUUCUUACUUCUCCGGCGAGUAGAAUCUUAGAUCAUUGGUUCAGCUCAGAACCUUUAAAAGCUACAUUGGCCACAGACGCAGUGAUAGGCACAAUGCAGGGACCGCAGUGUCCAGGCACUGGCUACGUUCUACUGCAUCAUGUUUUUGGUGGAAUCGAUGGACGUGAAGGAGCCUGGGUCUAUGUAGAAGGUGGUAUGGGAGCACUUAGUGCAUCAAUUGCCAAAUCGGCAGCUGCAUUGGGAGCUGAUAUUUUCACAAGUUCUGAGGUGCAAGAAAUUGUGGUUAAAAACGGAAAAGCGUGUGCAGUAGCUCUGAAGUCCGGUGAACAAAUCGAAGCUAAGAAGGCAGUUUUGUCAGGCACGACGCCUCAUGUUACUUUCAAAAAGUUACUUACCGAAAAAACUGUUAAUGACAGUCUAGGCGUGGAAUUUUUAAAUAAAAUCAAGGGAAUCGAUUAUACCUCACCAGUUACAAAAAUCAAUGUUGCAGUAGACAAACUUCCCAAUUUCAUUGCUAAUCCAAGUUCCAGUCCCGGCAAAGUCGAACCUUGGCACAUAGGCACAAUCCACCUGAAUUGCGAAAAUAUGGAUCUACUCUCUGACUCCUACAGCUCAUGCAUCACAAGCAACUGUCCUUCGACAAAGCCGAUGAUUGAAAUGGUAAUACCAUCCACUUUGGAUCCAACACUUUGUAAAGAUGGAACUCACGUCUGCCUUUUAUUUACCCAAUUCACUCCGAUCAAUCCGAGUAAUGGAUCAUGGGAAUCACCGGAAUAUAAGGAAAGCUAUGCGAAAACAGUUUUCGAAAUCAUUGAGAGCUAUGCUCCCGGAUUUAUAAACAGCAUUGUCGGAAAGGAAGUUCUGUCACCAUGGGAUUUGGAAAAGGAGUUUGGACUGACUGGCGGAAAUAUAUUCCAUGGUGCAAUGGGCAUGGAUCAAUUGUUCUGGUUGCGACCAAUUCGAAGUGAAAAUUGCUGGUUCCCCGAGACCCCAAUCGAGCAUUUGUACCUUUGUGGAUCGGGUUCACAUCCUGGUGGUGGGGUUAUGGGAGCAAGUGGUUUUAUUGCGGCUCAAACAGUACUAGCGAAUAAAUAAAUAAAUAAAUAGACUACAGGAUGACCGGGCAUACUAGGGUAUGCCUAAAAUGUGGAAAACGAAAAAAUUGCAUUUUGAUUGGGAUAGAAUAGAGUU